CCCGCCAUGGCUGCAAACUCGAAAGCGCCGUUGCCUAUCACCGACACCCUACGAGACCUCGCUGUAUUACGCGCUUCUGACAUCGACUUGUCGUCAUUAUUGCCUCCACGACCCGAGUCGAAUGGGACGGCGGUAGACAAGUCCGUUCUGGAGUCAUACCAGUUUGUCAAGGAAGCCCGAGCGGCGCUUCGCAUCCUCAAUAGAGGCGACGUUGAAGCGCAGGGCGCAAAAGUGGAAGAUCUGCGCGGGAAGCUUGAGGACAUACUCAAUGGUCUCAGUUCGACUUGAUAUACGCUGCAUUUGUUUCCCGCGUAUAAUCUGCUGCUUCACAGUCCAGGCGCGGCUCUGGGGACCUUUGUUGACGGAACGGGCGGAUCAGCAACGGUUAGGGGACCGGUAAUCUGAUUCCUUGACCCCUCAGGCUUCUAGCGGAGCCAUAUGCUCGCGUGCGUGAUGUCAUCACAGUGGAAGUUCGUACGUUGUGAACACGGCGCACACGCCCAAAUCGGCGCGGUCAUAAGUACAGAGACGCUGGAGACCACAGUGACAUUUUCCACCUACCCGGUCAAUGCGGAAUUAUUUGAGAACGCGGGAUCAUCCUGAAUGGGUUUCGUGUACCGUAGACUAGUGUCGAUUAGAGGCGACAUAAUCGUUGUUCC